CGAAGUUCAAACUCUUGUCGUUGGUCCAGGUUUGCUGUGCAACCAGCACAACACUACAUUUUGCAACAGUUGGGACGAAAAUAAAAGCAGAAAGUUUUAGUUAUCAAAAUGCCACCUAAAAUUAAAAAAGUGUCCGACCCAAAGAGUUAUGCAUGGACACGAAAUCAUCGGUUAAAGGAUGAUGAAUUUGAACUAAGGUGGGCCCAGUUUUGUAGCUCCUCUGAGCAUUCAGUAGCCCAAACUCAAUUUAGGAACAACAAGAAUAAUGUUCAGUUUCAAAGACGUUGGGAGCAUUGGUUGGAGAACAAACUUGCGAGUAUUGAAAGUGAAGCAAAACGUGCGCGUAAAGCUAUGUUGUCUUCCACACCCAGUAAGCCUCCUGAUGUGAUAAGUCCAUGGGGACAUACUGGUAAUUCUUCAGUUCAACAGCACCAACAGACGCCUCAAGUCCAAAAGCAAUGGGGUGCCGCUCAGCCAACCCAGACCCCGUGGGAGUAUAGGGAACAAAUGGCGAAAUUGCAAGAAUUACGUCGUCGAAAAGAGGAGGACGAAACGGAGCGCAAAAGACUCGAGGAGGAAGAGCGUAAACAGUUAGAAGAUAAACAGAGGAUCGAGCAUGAACGUAAACGCCUUGAAAACCAGCAACGAAUGGAGGAAGAGAAACAACGGAAAAUUCGCGAGGAACAGUAUUUACUCCAGAAGCAGCAACAAGAAAUAAUGCGGAACCAACAAGAGGAAGCAGAAUUUCAACAAAAAGAAUUACCUCCUCUUGCUGGUACUGGGGGUAGUAGCAGCAGUGGGGGUGGUGCCAAGAAAGUGAAUGGUGGAGUAUGGGAUGACUAUGGCCUCGAUGGCGUCGAAACUGAAAGGAAGCAAUAAUCCUCUCCCCUCUUCUGCCCGUUCCUCUUCUUCUUCAAGCAAUAACAACAAUCGUGGACCAGCCGUCGGAAAAAGACCAAAGAAAUUUCGGAUGACUCAUUUAUGAAGCUAUUUCCUGUUCAACAAGACGGCACCGCUACGAAUCAGAAAGGUGGAGGCAACAGACCAAAGAUGACACAGCAGGCCGCUGAUGAGUUUACUCGCUGGUGCUCGGAUAGAAUUCAGGCCAUUUCUUUCGGUUCCGUGGACAUCCCCACAUUCGUGUCCUUCCUCAAAGAGGUUGAAUCUCCCUACGAGGUGGGAGACUAUGUUCGCUCGUAUCUUGGCGAUGGGAAGGAAGCAAAGGAGUUUUCGAGAGAGUUCUUAGAACGGAGAUCCCGUUGGAUGAAUGCACGCAAGGGGGACGGAUCAACUUCCUCCAUGGAGGAUAAUUUGUGCCGACCUGCAUCUGGUAACACAACCGCUCCAGAUCGUUUAGCCUUGAAAACGGUACCCAACAACCACCCCAUCACCCCGUUGUCAAGUACACAAACUGCAGCUUGCGAAGACGAUACAAAAGUUCGUGGACGACAAGAGUUUAUGAAUUGGUUGGGUCUAAAUGUGCAAGACUACCCUACUCUUCAAAACUACAUGCGACAACACUCUCCGGGUUUUAAGACUGAAAUAUUCUUCGCCCUAGACUUAGGGUACCACAUCCUGGAUGCACAAGGAAGAACACGUCUAUCAGUCCGGCUAAGAAGUAUGCGCAAGUAUAAUGAGUCUGACAAGAAGAAGGCUGCAGAUCGUGUCAAUGAGUCUAAACCGGAAAGAAAGUUACGAAUGUCAAUUAACCAUCGUUCAUUUUAUGAAACUGCACGUGCUAAAGGAGGAAUUCCCAUUCUCUAUUAAGCAGGCGUUUUCCAGACUACGGCUGACAUUUCGUCGUAUCAAAAAGGACUUUUGCCGUGGUCAGACCUAUUAAGGACAAUAAAAACACUCCGACUUUAUCCAGGGAAGUGGCUCUCGUUCUCUGAAUUCUCCAUGCGAUGCUCCCACUUCUCGAAAGAUAGCCAAAUUUUUUGGUACCUUCAUCAAUCAUUAAGUUACUGUCUCGAAAUGUUGCCGAUACUUUGCGACGAUAUGAGUACUGCGGAAACGGGAGAGGGAUUCAUUAUGCAUUACUGCACGUUCAGCAACACCAAGAAAGGCACUCAGCACCUAGUCGGACCGUGUACAACUCCUCCCCCACACCUACGACGAAAAGCCGAACAGUAUGUUAGGGACAAAAUCCCUCUGUUCGUGUUGGUGCCAGAUAGCGUGGAUCAAUUUCCUCCACAUCGUGCCACACUAGAAGAAGUGACCACACUCCCCUAUAAGAUCCCAGAGUCCGCCCUAAAAGAACGCUGGCUGCCCAACAGAGGGAGACCCCACAAUAAAUGGCGAACCAUUAAGAAUGUUGAAAUUGAACUACCACGGAAGGAACCAGAAACCACUUAUUAAUCGACGACUAAUUAGCACACGUCCUAAAAAUAUGUGAAUCGUUAUGUUAUGAAUUUUAAAAAAAAAACGGAAAACUGUGACAAUUACUUAUGUUGCUUACAAUAAUAAAUUCGUUUGUUUCAACUCCAUGA